AAGAUUUCAUCUUCUUCUCCGCUUCCUCCUUCCCCACAAUUUCCAGUAGUCAUCGCAGCCCUGUUUUCUCCAACCGUAUCAGAGCUCCGAGCCUCUGAUUCUCUGCUCGAUUUUCGAAUCAUUUCGGAGCAUCUGAAUCCGAUUGAGAAGAAAUCCACUCCCAGUGGAAUUUUGAUCCGGAUUUCAAAUGUCUCCUGCAAGAAAAUCUAGGAGUGUAAACAAACGAUAUUCUUAUGUAAAUGAAGUGUCCCCUAACAAAGAUGGAGGUGGCUCUAAAAGAAGCAGUCAGCGGAAAAGGAAGAUGUCUAUGCUAGGCCCUCAGUGGAGUAAAGAGGAGCUUAAUCGUUUCUAUUAUGCAUACCGGAAACACGGUAAAGAUUGGAAAAAGGUGGCUGCUGCUGUGAGAAAUCGAUCAGUUGAUAUGGUGGAGGCCCUUUACUCUAUGAAUAUGGCUUACUUAUCUCUUCCAGAGGGGACUGCUUCUGUUGUUGGGUUGAUUGCAAUGAUGACCGAUCACUACUGCAACAUGGCUGCAAGUGAUAGUGAACAAGAAAGCAAUGAUGGCGCAGGAACAUCUCAAAAGCCUCAAAAGCGUGCCCGAGGUAAAGUUCAUGCGGGCACAUCCAAAGGGUCUGAUUUUCAGUCCCCUACUCCAGCAUCAAAUUCUGGUUGCUUGUCUUUAUUGAAGAAGAAACGCUCAGGAGGGACACGUCCUCGUGCUGUUGGAAAAAGGACACCACGGUUUCCUGUACCAUAUUCUUAUGAAAAUGGCCCCAAAAGGACAAUAGAUGCAAAUGACGAUGAAGUUGCUCAUGAGAUAGCUAUAGCUUUAGCCGAAGCUUCAAGAAGAGGCAGUUCUCCCCAGAUUUCUCGGACACCCACCCGUCAAUCUGAUAGUGCGUUAUCCACUCCCACUCAAAAAGCGGAAAGGAAGCAUAGCAAUCUGGAAACGGUCAUUUCUACUCUUCGUACAUGUGAAAUGGAUGAUGAUGAAGGAAGCAUGGAAGCUGACACAGGAGAACUACACAGGCACAUGACUUCUUUGAGGGAAACUAGCAGAACAAUUCCAAAGGGGAGAAAGCUCUCUGGGAAAAAGUUAGAAAAUGAUGUCAAUGGUGACAGUAACUUUGAUGACAUCAAGGAAGCAUGCAGUGAUGAAAGCUCUGCCUUCGAUGCUCUACAAACUUUGGCUGAUCUAUCACUGAUGAUGCCAGCAACAGAAAAUGAUAAUGAGUUAAUUAUGCACACCAAAGAUGAAAAUUCUUACAUUGAGGAAUCUGGGACUGUGGAAGUUCUGCCUACAAACUGCCAAAAGAAGAAGCGCAGAACGCCUGGAGUUAAAGCUAAAUGGAAGCGGCCCAUUUCAGGACUUGAGGUUGCAUCUAGCACAAUGUCAAAGCGUGUUAAAGCUUCAGCUGAUGCUAGUGUUGUCCCUGAAACAAAGCAGACGAGAAAAACAGAAAGCAUAUCAACAUCUAAGGGACGGAAAGAUGAUGUCCAUCUCAGUAAUGAUCUCUCUGAACCUCAAGAGCCCCACACAAACGGUUCACCGAAGGAGCCAAUCAGAAAGGGUAAAAGAUCUUUGCAGAGUUUAUCACCUAAAUUGAUUAUGAACCAAGAUCAUUCCUCAAGUCCAGAUAUAAGAAUAGAGGGAAGUGAUCCAGCUCAAAUGACUGCAGAAGUUCCUUUAGCAAACCAGGUCACUUUGCCUGAUAAAAUUACAAGUAGGCACAAGACAGGGAUCAAGAAAUCACUAAGAGAAAAAAAUCCAUCUUUUCCUUAUAGCAUGUUGGAUAACAACUGCAGCCAGCCCUCUGUUACAGUCAAUGACAAAGUGGUCAACAUUAAGAAAAAGCUUUCUAGUUGCCUUUAUAACCAUCUUUUACGGCGAUGGUGUAUAAGUGAGUGGUUCUACAGCGCAAUUGAUUAUCCUUGGUUUGCUAAAAGGGAGUUUGUUGAGUACUUGGAUCAUGUUGGAUUGGGACAUGUUCCCAGGCUAACUCGUGUUGAAUGGGAUGUGAUAAGAAGUUCUCUCGGUAAACCACGGCGAUUUUCUGAACAAUUUUUGAAGGAGGAAAAGGAGAAGCUUUACCAAUACCGUGAGUUUGUUAGAACACAUUACACCGAUCUACGUGAGGGUAUUAGAGAAGGGUUGCCGACUGAUCUUGCAAGGCCAUUGUCUGUUGGACAACGUGUCAUUGCCAUCCACCCUAAAACAAGAGAAAUAUAUGAUGGAAGUGUGCUCACAGUUGAUCAUUCUAGGUGCCGGGUUCAGUUUGACCGGCCUGAGCUUGGAGUUGAAAUUGUCAAGGAUAUUGAAUGCAUGCCUCUAAAUCCCUAUGAGAACAUGCCUACACAGCUCAGCAGGGACAGACAAGCUAUGGACAAGAUACGAGAUAACUCUUUAGAGCACAAGGUUAAUGACAUUUUGAAUAUGAAGAAUGACAAUGGUUUCCCUUGUUUGCCUUCAUCAACCUGUGCGAAAAAAGAUCUAUUGCUGCAAUCAGAGCAGGCAGCAAAUUCUCGAUGCAGUACAGUGGAGCAGAACCGAGCUAAAGAAGCUGAUGUUCAAGCUUUAGCUAAGCUGACUCGUGCUCUUGACAAAAAGGAUGCUGUGAUUUAUGAGCUGAGGCAGAUGAAUGACGAUGUUUUGGAAAAUCAAAGGAGUGGUGACUGCACCCUCAAUGAUUCAGACCCAUUCAGAAAGCAAUAUGCUUCCAUAAUCAUUCAGUUAAAUGAAGUGAAUGAGCAGGUUUCUUCUAGUUUGUGUUGCUUGAGACAGAGGAACACGCACCAGGGGAAUGUGUCUCUUAGUUUGCAGUCAAGGCCAGUCGCUAAUGUUGGUGAUGCUGGGGGUGAUUUAUUGAGCACAUUUGGCUACUGUACAUCUCAAAUCCAGGAACCUCGGUUUCACAUCAAUGAGAUCAUUGAGAGUUCAAAAAUAAAAGCCAGAACUAUGGUAGAUGCUGCUGUGCAGGCCAUGUCAUUACUUAACGGAAUGGAGAACGGAACAGGGGAUGUUGAAGCUGCUAUAGAUUAUCUCAACGACCGGAUACCGACAGAUGAAUCAUGCUUGCUUACAAUACAAGAUUCUAAAUUACUGAAUAAUGGGAAUGAGGCAGACAUUCCUUCAGAACUUAUCACCCAAUGUGUUGCUACUCUCCUUAUGAUUCAGAAGUGCACGGAACGACAGUUUCCUCCUGCAGACGUGGCAAAAAUACUGGAUUCUGCUGUUGUUAGCUUGCAACCCACCUCUUCUCACAACCUUCCACUCUAUGCUGAAAUAGAAAAGUGCAUGGGAAUAGUAAGAACCCAAAUACUGGCUCUAAUACCAACCUAGGUCCAUCUCCUCUUAGUGUGAAGUGAAGUUGACUCAAUUAGUUGAUUGUGUUGAAAGUUUAAAUGAUAUAGGUGCCUAUACAAGUGUCAUUCAUCUGUGUUGCAUAUAUGUUUUACUUAGUUUAAAAGUAGUUUUUGUUCUAUGUUCUUAUUAGGAGGUUCACCCAGUGCAGUCAAAAUCCAGGGUUACCAAACUAAAUUCUUUUCUUCUAA